GUAAAAGAGACCACAGCGACUCGAGAGAGCUGACGAGGAAGAGAGAAUGGAGAGAGAAGAGGAUUCGACCGCCUCGGCCCUCCUUGGGCCGGUGACGCCGCCACCGUCUCAGGGCUCAGCCUCCCGGACGAGCCGGGUGGUCUCCAUCCUUGGCCGCGCCGCCGGCCACCGAAGGCCAUCGAUGCUCGUCCGCGAGACGGCGGCGCUCCAGCUGGAGGAACGCCGCGCCAACUGGGCCUACUCCCGCCCGGUUGUGGCGCUUGACAUCGCCUGGAACCUGGUCUUCUCCGCCGUCGCCGUCGUGGUGCUCGGCGCCACUGCGUGCGAACGUCCUAGCGUCCCGCUCCGCCUCUGGAUCGCGGGCUACGCGGUGCAGUGCGUGUUCCAUGUGUUUCUGGUAUGGUCGGAGUACCGGCUUAGGAUGCGUGUUCCUAUGGACGGCCAGGCGGCGCCAAACUCGGGUGACGAGGACAGCGAGGUGGUUGCCGACGAGGAUGGUGUUGGAAGCAGGCAGAGGAGCUUUGCUAAACGAUGUGAAUCACUUAAUACCAUUCUAUCAUUUCUGUGGUGGAUUUUGGGCUUUUUCUGGAUCAUCUCUGGUGGCAAUGAUCUCAUACAAAAUGCUCCUAGACUCUACUGGUUGACUGUGGUUUUCCUUGCAUUUGAUGUAUUCUUCACGAUCUUUUGUGUUACUUUGGCCUGUGUUAUCGGGAUUGCACUGUGCUGCUGCUUGCCUUGUAUCAUUGCGAUUCUAUAUUCCAUGGCCGGCCAGGAAGGUGCAUCAGAUGCGGAUAUUAGCAUUCUUCCAAAAUACCAGUAUCAUGUUUCUUGUGAAGAUCCAGAAAAGACAGCUGAGGAAGGAGUUAUGAUCCCCUUGAAUCCUGGCCGUGGAAAUUUAUCAAGUGAACGCAUUCUUCUGCAUGAAGAUGCGGAAUGUUGCAUUUGCCUCACACCCUACGAAGACGGAGUUGAACUGCUUGCGAUGCCAUGCAACCAUCACUUCCAUUCCUCUUGCAUCACGAAAUGGCUUCGGAUCCAUGCCACCUGCCCACUCUGCAAGUACAACAUUCUCAAGGGAAAUGACAUUGUUUGAUCAACAGCAGUCAUUGUGAUCUCUCAUUGUACAUGUUGAAAUGCACAGAGAAGGUUAAGUUGGUGCUCGGCCGGCCAUCCUGAUAAGUGCUUGGUUUGAAAUCUAUAGAUUUUAUACUCUCCAGGUAUGCCCUCUUGUUGUGGCUUCCCUGCUUUGCUCUAACACCACACACACACAAAAUUUAGAACCUUUGAAUCCUUGUCGGGAAACAUUGAACUUAUAAAAGCUCAUCUUAGCUCUA